CAGUAGCAGAAGUAGGGCAGACGUGAGCACAACAGGUUAUAUGUGUGUGUAUGUUAAAUGUAGACCAGGAACCAGGCUCAGAAGUAAGUUUACAUUAUGUCAUGGGUCUGGACAGAACAGAGCAGAGCAAAGUGUUUGAAAGACUGGCUAUUAAUUUAAUGCUCAUGGGAAUGCCAGUCUCAGAAAUACGUUUUAACUAGUUUAGAUAAACAUUCAUUCUAGACUCAGUGAUGUCCCAUCAAGUGAUGCAUUGUGUGCUUCUCAUAUCUCUGACACUCUGGCAGACUUUUAUAGUGUCAGGGAAAAUCAUAGAUCUUUCUCAUAAACAUGGACCCACGACAUUCAUGGUACCUGGCUUCAACCAUUACAAAAGAUCAAAUGUAACAGUAACCAACCGUGGCAAUGUCAGGAUUGAAGCUGGGGACUACUCGUCUGCUGAACAUGGCGGCACUCACCUAGAUGCACCAGUACACUUUUCAGAAAAUGGCGUAGCGCUUGAUGAUCUACCAAUAGAGAACACUAUAGCAGACGGCGUAAUGAUAGACGUAGCAGAUGAGGCUAGCAGAAAUAUAGAAUACAAAGUACCAUUAUCUAAGGUCCAAGAAUGGGAGAGAAAAAAUGGCGAUAUCCCACAAGAAGCGGCAGUCAUUUUUAAUUUUGGCUGGCAUAAAAGAUUCCACGACAAAAAGCUUUACGUCAAUACAGAAUCUAACGAUUGGAAAGACUUGAAGUUUCCAUCAGUUAGUGAAGAAGUCGGAAUGUAUCUCUACGAGAAACGUAACAUUAAGAUCAUUGGCACAGACACCAUGUCGCCAGAUCCGCCAAACAGUGGGAAUCCAAUCCACGUCAGAUACUUACCCAACAACAAACUUAUUGUCGAAAAUCUCAACGCCACUGACUUGUUGCCCCCAAAAAAUUUUCGAUUCCACGCCGCGCCUGUCAGAUAUGUCGGUGCCUCUGGGGCUCAGGUCAGGGCCUAUGCUAUUAUAUACGAGACUCAACGCAGCGGGUCUAAUGCAAUUUAUUUAAAGUGGUCUCUGGUGUUAAUCAGUGCGUUUAUUCGUGUGUUUUAGUAAAAAUUGAAUGUCAAGAAGCUUCUUAUAAAAUAUAUAUCAGAGUAUAUAAUACAUCUACUUUGUAUAACAUAUAGUUUAAGUUAGACUUAUAUAUAAUACUAUAUCUGGACUGGACAAUGUCGUGAAUUUUUUAAAAGUUGAAACAAGGCGUUUGUUUUGUGAAGUUGUUGGUUGUUUUUUUUUCAACUCUAACCUAUGUAACCUAUAAUUUAAUUUUUAGAUCUAGAUCUAGUAAUUGAGCAUCAAAUAUAAGAGUACUCUCGACCCAUAAUUAUUAUUUUGCAAUUUUGAGAUACUUAAUCUAGAAAGAUCUAGGUAAUCAAUAUAUUUAAAUGUACAUAAGAUGAUUAAAAUCAACAGACAUGAAUUAUUUCGAUCUAGAAUUUUUGAAACAUUAUCUAAAUGGAAACUAAGAAAAUGGUUUUGUUUCAUAUAUUUGUGUGAAUAUAUGGAUCUGUGAUUAAUAGCCCAUUUUGAAGAAAAUCCGAGAAAUGAUUUUGUGUUAUUUCUAAACUUUGAAAUCUAAAGAUCAUUACUUUUCUAAGACAGAAAAGAUUGAUUGGGGCGACUUCCCUUAGAGCUUGAAAAAGAGUUACGUACAUAAAAAUCUAUAUAUAUAUAGGUCUGUGAAUCGAUCAAUCGCGGAUAAGAAUUUGUUUCCGGUUUUUAGUCUAGAUAUAAUAAAUAAGUCUAUGUUUAUUAAUGUUUAUUAAAACAUUCUGAAUCUUGCAACAUACAAAGUACGUAUUUUGAAAUUCUUCUUGAUAUUUCAUCGGUCAUUAAAAACAAUGUAUCAAAUACAUCUAAAUGCAAUUAUUUAUUGACAUGACAAACGAAUGCCAUUUAUACUUCAUUUUGCCAUUAAUUGAAAGUCAGUGUAAACGUUUAUCCAACAGAUCUGAGCACAAGCAUUGAACCAACAGACAAGUACAUUUCAUUUUGUACAUGAUUUUGACCUUAAUAACAGACCAGUGCAUCUCUAUUAGCAUUUAUAUGUGCUAUGUUUCUUUGCUCGAUCGGAAGUGUCUCGUUAUACUAUAGAGAUUUAUUAUAUUUUCUAUUUCUCAUAAAGCUG